AUGCAGGGGGCGACGACGCUGAUGACGGACUACUACACAGUCCUCGGCCUUAGCCGUCUCGCCGAGGAGGAUGAGAUCGCCAAGGCCUACCGCCGCUACGCGCUCGCGUAUAACCCGCAAUGCCAUCCGCAGGAUCCGGAUUUGGAGACGCUCGCGAAGCGGUUUCGCGCUGUUUGUCAGGCCUACACCGUCCUCUCCAACCCCCGCGCCCGCGCCGUCUACGACCUUUACGGCGAGGAAGGGGUGAAACACGGGGGAACAGGAAAUCAAGGGAUCCCGGGCGGCAUGGAGCUCGACGGGAUCGACCCCCAGGUCGUCUUCAAGCGCUUUUUUGGCGUCGACAGCCCUUUUCAGGUCGUCGCGAACAUCGACGGGGUGCAGAACAACCAACACGACUUCUUCAGCGAGGUCGCCGCGCAGCAGAAGGUCGCGCAGAAGUGCCCGCCAAUGGAGGUGCGGUUACCGAUCUCGCUGGAGGAUGCCUUUUACGGGGCGAUGCGAAAAGUGACGUGGACGGCCUCGCAUUACGUCGCCGGGAGCGGGGAGGGGGGAGGGCGAAACGGCAGCGUUCAGCUCAGCACGGAAUCCUUUGAGGUGCGCGUCGCGAAGGGCGCGAAAACCGGCGAUCGAUUCCAUAUUGACGGCCGCGGUAACACCUCACCAGGGUUCGCCCGUGGCGACGUCGUGGUGGUGUUGCAGUUGCAACCGCACGACCGCUUUCGACGGGAGGGGAACGAUCUCGUCGUGACGGAGCCGAUUUUCCUCAGCGACGCCCUCUGCGGGACGACGCUGACGGUGCGAACGAUCGACGGGCGAGAACUGCGCGUGCUGAUCGACGAGAUCGUGCAUCCGAAGUUUCGCACGCGUGUGGCGGGGGAGGGGAUGCCGCGGGGGAGCGAGCCCUCCGCACCACGAGGCGAUUUAGUGGUGGAGUGUGAUACGAAGUUCCCUAGUUUUUUAACUCUAGAGCAGAAGAUGGAGCUUCGGCGUAUCCUGAAUGCAAAGUAG